AUGCGUGCGGCUACGCUCAACGGCGAGAACAUUUCGAUGUGCGCCUCCAGUGGGGGCGCCAGCGUCGUGAAUUGGAGCGCCCAGAAGGUGACGUGGCUGAAAAUUCACUACUUGGGGUUCUAUCCGCUGGCGCUCAUGGCCCUCUUCGCGCUGCUGUCCAUCCCUGGCGAGCUGGGCGCUAUGGCUUCUGCUGCGCACGUCGGCCGAAAGACGUCCCUGGCUUGGGCUCUGGUCGUCGCCGCAAUUGUCAUCUUCGCGACUGCUGCAUGGGGCGAUUCGAAUGUUGUCUCCAGCGCUACGCUGCUGACGCUUGCGAGCGUGGUCACGGACGCAUCGCAAGCCGUUCUAACGCUGUACACAGCAGAAGUGUACCCUACAGUGGUGCGCUGCUCGGGCCUAGCCAUGUGCACGUGCUUUUCGGCAGCGGCCAGCAUCGCCACUCCACUCGCCGUCUACCUAGACGUUUUGCAGGUGUCGUGGUUGCCUCUGUCAUGGUGUCUCUGCUAG